AUGCCACUGAACUCCACUGGAGUGCCACUGAAAUCCACUGGACUCCACUGGAGUAAUGUUACAUGGGUCCACCUAAAGGAGCUGCUCAAGGACAAACACGUCCUUGCGCUCUUCCUUGUGUUGGCUAAUGCGUACCUUCAGGUGGGUCAUUGGCCACGUAUAUUCAAGGAGUCGCUAUCGGUUAUCGUUCCGAAACCGAAUAAGCCCUCCUACGCUGUACCGAAGGCCUUCAGGCUGAUCGUAUUCCUCAUCACUUUCGGUAAACUUAUCGAAAAGAUGAUUGCCAAUAGGAUACAGUUUGACGCUGUCAAGCAUGAUAUCUUCCAUCUCAACCAACUUGGCGGUAUCCGCCAGAGGUCUACCGAAGAUGCUGGAUUGAUUCUGACUCAUCUUGUGCGAGCGGGGUGGGUUAAGGGUCUCCAGACUAGCGCGCUGGCUUUUGACAUCGCGCAGUUCUUCCCUUCUAUCAACCAUGAAAUGUUCAUGGCUGUACUUCGCAAGCAAGGGUUCUUGCCAGUUCUGGUGGAGUUCUUUGCCUCCUAUCUUGUUGGUCGUUCCACAGUUUACUGCUGGAAUACCUUCCAGUCCGACUCGCGGUCUGCGGACGUGGGUGUCGGGCAGGGCUCUGCUCUCUCGCCUGUUAUCUCUGGGCUGUUCAUUGCUCUGUCCAAACAACUUGAUGAUAAUAAUGUGGGCCUGCGUAAGGCCUACAAGAUUAUCUACCUGCUCUUUGUUGCUUUCGCGCUCGUCCUUGAACACGACAAGACCGAGUUGUUCCACUUUUCGCGUCGACGAGAUGCCUACAAUCCCUCGCUGGAUCUGGGGUAUGCCCCACAUACAGGCGCUACACCUUUGAAGCCCAAGACCUUUUGGAGGUACUUGGGCUUCUACUUUGACCGCGGGCUCACAUUCCGUGAGCACGUACGCUACUAUGCCACCAAGGCGUUUACCACCGUGCAGGCCAUGCGCAUGCUCGGAAACUCUACUAGAGGUCUCUCGCCUAAACAGCGUCGCCUCUUAUAUCGGUCGUGUGUGGUGCCUAUUGCCACAUACAGCUAUCGUCUCUGGUAUUUUGAUGGUGCCCGUAACAAGGGUGCGAUGAACCAGCUGAAACGGAUGCAGCGAAAAGCUGCUCUAUGGAUUACUGGUGCUUUCCGCACCUCCCCCACCGGUGGUCUUGAGGCUCUAGCGGGUCUCAUCCCUGUCCACCUUAUGCUGAAGAAGCUGGCAACGCGCGCAGUGUACCGCGUAGCCACCCUCUCGGACACCCACCCUCUUUGCUCUAUGAUGGGCGAGGGACUCCUCAAGCGAGCCACACCACAUGCUCGCUCUGCCGCCUUGAUGACCCCAGCCAUGCGAGGGAAAGUCAAGAGCACUGUCAUGGAGGUGGACGAGCGUGUCCACACCUUAACUGAGAGCUUUGAGCCCUUUGCGCCCGAAGCUCGCCCAGGUGAUCGGUUACUGGACUGCUAUGCGGACCGUCUCCAUUUUGACGAGCACGAUCCUGGCCAGGAUAGGCGCCCAUAUCUAGACGAGCUCAUCGCGAGAGCGAGGGCCGACCCACUAACAGUGCUGGCUGCGACUGACGGCUCCGUCCCUCAGUCCAACCAGUAUCAGGCGGCUUCGGCUGCCAUAAUCUACAAGGGACAUCGCGAGCUCAAGAGGACUCGCUAUGUCUCUGGCAGAGUUACUGCCCCAGAUGCGGAACUCAAUGCCAUCUCAUGUGCAGUGCGCCUUGCUGUCAAGCAGGCAAACUGCCAACAUAUUAUGGUCUUUACUGACUCUAUGGGCUCAGCCCAUAGAGCGGUUGACCCCGGCGUGCAUUCUGGUCAGGCUUUUAGCCUGUCAGUUUGUCGCGCUCUUCAAGAGUGGUUUGAGGCAGAUGAUUUCCGCCGCAUUACCUUCGUCUACGUCCCAUCCACUUUCCAAGAUCCAACCUACCGAGGCUCUGAAUUCCUAGAACUUCAACAGCCUGACGGGCGGCCGCUACAGCCAUCGUACCUCAAUGGGGGACCUUGGCUUUCAACCUUCGGACACAGUAUCACUGAGUUUGCUCGCGUUUGCUGGUGUAUAACUGGCCACACGCCCAUUGGAGUGUAUUAUCGUCGCUUCAAGAUCAAUGAGCCUCAUGGCUGCACUUGCGGGGCUGCUUUGCAGUCUCGCCAGCACGUCCUCGUUCACUGUCGCGAUUGCUACUCCAUGCAUUACCCCCGCUUUCUUGGGGAUAUUGCGUCUUUCAUGAAGUACAACCCUACGGCGUUUGGCUUCACCCAGGACCCUUUGGGUGUCCGAUAA